UGCUGUGAGUACACCAGUCCCUUCCAGCAGGCAGCUGCACAGCAGAGCUCUGCUCCUCGGCCCGCGACACCACUGCACCCAGUGCUCUCACAGCACUACCUGGAGAGUGAGGGGCUGCGCCUGCUGCUGCUUGCUCGCUGAGCUGUACGUACCAAGAAGUACCAGGUGAGGGAUGCUCUAGGAUCGUGGUGGAGACACACAACCUUCAGGCUGUGCCCCACAGUGGCCAGAUAUGGCUAACUCGGCACUGGGAACCAUCCUGGCUGUUCUGGCCUCGCUCAUCAUCACUGCCAACGUACUGGUGGCCAUCGUCCUUCUUCGCCUUAUCCAGAAGAGCGGCUACAAGGGACACUAUUUUGUCCUUAAUCUCGCUGUCGCAGAUGCCAUGGUUGGCUUCACGGUUAUGGGUCUGGUCAUGGAUGAGUUUUCUGAGCCCUUUUAUCCACCUCAGAUCUUCUGUGUCCUGCGAAUGGCUUUUGUGACUUCCUCUUCUGCUGCUUCUAUCCUGUCCUUGAUUCUGGUUGCGUGUGACAGGCACUUGGCAAUCAGAAAGCCUUUCCACUAUCUCCAGUUGGUCACGGGCUUGAGGGUUGGGUUGCGCCUGGUGGGGCUCUGGCUGCUUGCCGCUAUCAUUGGCUUCCUCCCAGUGUUUGUCCCAGUCUUUCAGAAGAUCUCUGACCAGGAAAAGUGUUCCUUCUUUGGAGUCUUCCAACCCACCUACAUGCUCAGUGUCUCCUGCAUCGGCUUCUUUCCAGCACUGUUUCUCUUCAUUUACCUCUACUGUGACAUGUUGAAAAUUGCCUCUGUGCAUGUGCAGCAUAUCCGUGAAGUAGAACACGCGGGGCUGGCAGGGAGCUGCCCCCCACCCCACACCACUAGUGACAUGAAGGCCUUGCGCACCGUGGCUAUCCUCAUCGGGUGCUUCGCGCUGUCCUGGUUGCCAUUCUUCAUCGCCAGCAUCGUGCAAACUGUGUGUACCAACUGCUUAACCUACAAAGUCAUCGAGAGCUACCUCUGGCUUCUGGGACUGUGUAACUCCCUCCUGAACCCCCUGCUCUACUCCUGCUGGCAGAAGGAUGUGCGGCUGCAGUUCUCCCAGCUAGCUGCCGGUGUAAAGAGGAGAGUCCUCCUUCACUUGGGCAAUCGCCACCGUUUCCCCGGCAGAGGCACCAAAUCCCUUCCUACCGUGUCCUGCUUGCGGCUCCAGGACUGACGUGGUAAGGAGUAGCAAUCACUCGCUUU